UACCGUUGAUACGCGUAUUAAUUCGCACCUGAUCUCGGACAAACCAAGGCCCCCUAGCCCUUCCCCGUCUUACGCACUUUACUAUCCGCGUUUCUCUUCCUCUUUCUCUCUCUCUCUCUCUCUCCUCUCUUUUCUUUCCUUCUUUCUUUUCCUGUAUACACGUGCGCGUGUGUGCUUUAAUUUCUUUUCUUUAUUUCUUUCUCGAUUAUUCUAUCUAUAUCCUUCAAUCGUUCUCGGCCUGUGUUUCCUCGCUUGUGUUUCCCCGGUUUUUUCUGUUCUUUCAUCAUCUACUUUCGUGCACGCGCUGACGCACAUGCGUGAUCACCUCGCGUAGAAGCACGCGAUCGCGAUACUGACAGACGCAAAGACAGAGAAAGAGAUAGAGAGAUAAGAUAGAUAGAUAGAUGGAUAGAUAGAUAAAGACUUGUCGUGUCCGUCUUCGUCGCGGCUGUGACACACACACACACACACGCGUACGUUUUACACGGAGGUGCGCGCGCACAAUCCGCGGCCACAAGCAGGCAGCGAUAGUAGCGUGAAGUAGCGAGCUAACCGGAGUAUAAAUCAUCCUCGUCGUCGCGGCUCGCCGGUCGCCAGUGAUAACGCGCGUCAUCACCGUAAGCCAUCAGUUUAAUCAGUGAUCGGCGUUGUGCGGAUUUGUCUCUAUAUGAAAAGGGGCAUCAAGGAGAAAAGGCCGCCCCGCACCGUCGUAGCCGCCGAGAACAACCACCACCACCAUCAUCACCACCACCACCGUCGUCCUCGUCGUCGCGUCGUCGCCGCCGGCGCAGUCGAUACCGCCAGUAGGGUGGGAGAGCGGGCCGACGGGACCACGAGGAACUGAAGUGCGCGACAGUCCCGCGCUCUCGGUGACGACGACAGAGUGGCAUCCCCCGGGUGGCAGAAGGUGAAGAAGGCGGGCGAAGAGAGCACCGCGCGGAGUGGUAUUAAGCGGCAGCACAGUGGCCCGAUGAAGCGGCGUAUGUGACAUCGGGCUUUCCUCUCUCUUGCCACCGUCGAGGAGAAGAAGAGACACCUCGCAGACAUCUUGCUGCCACCGUCCACGCCGUUGGUCCUCCAUUCGUUUGGAGGCCAGUGGAGCAGCGACGCCAGAGAAUAAUACGAGCUGUGGUAGCCUUGUGGAAGCGUAACAGUAGUUGGCUUCGGCCAACAGAGGCAACAGAGAUAUCAUGGCGACGAUAGACGGCCGGCCGGCCCAAUAUGGUGUCACGCUUAAGCAACUCCGCGAGCUCAUGGAGCUGCGGGGGCGCGAAGGUGUCAGCAAAAUCAAUGGUUACGGUGGUGUGCAGGAGAUUUGUAAAAAGCUGUAUACUUCACCCAAUGAAGGUCUUAGUGGAUCAGUAGCAGACAUACAACAUAGGCGAGAUACAUUUGGUUCCAAUAUGAUACCUCCAAAACCACCAAAAACAUUUUUACAGUUAGUAUGGGAAGCAUUGCAAGAUGUCACGUUAAUCAUCUUAGAAGUAGCAGCAUUGGUUUCAUUAGGUCUUAGCUUUUAUCAUCCAGCUGAUGAUGAAAAACCUUUAGUAGAUGAGGACGAAGCGAAAUAUGGUUGGAUUGAAGGACUCGCUAUAUUGAUUUCUGUAAUUGUGGUGGUCUUAGUGACAGCGUUUAAUGACUACUCCAAGGAGAGGCAGUUUAGAGGUCUUCAAAGUCGGAUAGAGGGAGAGCACAAGUUCUCAGUUAUACGGCAAGGAGAAGUGAAACAAAUUUCUGUGUCUGAUAUUGUUGUCGGUGACAUUUGUCAGAUAAAAUAUGGAGACCUGUUGCCUGCAGACGGUAUUCUUAUACAAAGCAACGAUCUCAAAGUAGAUGAAUCCAGUCUGACUGGAGAGUCAGAUCAUGUAAAGAAAGGGGAAUCAUUUGAUCCUAUGGUACUUUCAGGUACACACGUGAUGGAGGGUUCUGGAAAAAUGUUAGUUUCUGCAGUAGGUGUUAAUUCCCAGGCAGGUAUUAUCUUUACCUUAUUGGGUGCUGCUGUUGAUCAACAGGAGCAAGAAAUCAAGAAAAUGAAGAAAGAGGCUAAAAAGCAGCGGAAGAAGAAGUCAUUACCAGGAGAGGAAACGGUAGAGAUUACCGGGAACAGUCACGUGACCGGAGGCGGAGGCGGCGGUAAGCACGAGGGUGGCGAGAAUCAUCACGCGGCCGCACCCGCAAGCACCGGGGAGAGCAGCGGGAAGAAGGAGAAGAGUGUUCUGCAAGCCAAGCUAACUAAACUCGCCAUACAGAUCGGUUACGCCGGCUCGACCAUCGCGGUGCUCACCGUCGUCAUUUUAAUCAUACAGUUCUGCGUGACGACUUUUGUCAUCGAGGGCAGGCCGUGGCGAAAUACGUACGCCAAUGAUCUGGUGCGGCAUCUGAUCAUCGGUGUCACGGUGCUCGUAGUCGCCGUACCCGAGGGUCUUCCCCUAGCCGUCACUUUGUCGCUCGCUUAUUCCGUCAAGAAAAUGAUGAAGGACAACAAUCUGGUACGUCACUUGGACGCCUGCGAGACUAUGGGUAACGCCACCGCCAUUUGUUCGGACAAGACCGGCACCUUGACUACGAACCGCAUGACCGUGGUACAGUCGUACAUAUGCGAGAAGAUGUGCAAGACGACGCCGAAUUUCUCGGAUAUACCGAGCCACGUCGGCGAAUUGAUCAUGCAGGCCAUCUCCAUCAAUUCGGCGUACACGUCGCGAAUAAUGGAGUCGCAAGACCCUAGCGAAUUGUCGCUGCAGGUCGGCAACAAAACCGAAUGUGCCUUACUUGGAUUCGUAUUAGCCCUGGGCAAGAAAUAUCAAACCGUGCGGGACGAUUUUCCUGAGGAAACCUUUACGCGGGUGUAUACGUUUAAUAGCGUAAGAAAGAGCAUGUCUACCGUUAUUCCCAGGAAAGGCGGUGGAUAUAGGCUCUUCACCAAGGGCGCUUCCGAGAUCAUCAUGAAGAAAUGUGCCUUUAUAUAUGGUCGCGAAGGUCAUCUGGAGACGUUUACCAGAGAGAUGCAAGACCGUCUGGUAAAGAACGUGAUCGAACCUAUGGCAUGCAACGGACUGCGCACCAUCUCCAUCGCUUAUCGCGACUUUGUUCCUGGCAAGGCGGAGAUCAAUCAAGUUCACAUCGACAACGAGCCCAAUUGGGACGACGAAGAUAAUCUAGUGAACAAUCUCACCUGCUUGUGCAUUGUCGGUAUUGAAGAUCCAGUGCGUUCCGAAGUACCGGACGCAAUUAGGAAAUGCCAAAAGGCCGGCAUCACCGUGCGCAUGGUGACGGGUGACAAUAUAAACACCGCGCGAUCCAUCGCGCUUAAGUGUGGUAUUUUCAAGCCGAACGAAGACUUCCUCAUUCUCGAGGGUAAGGAGUUUAAUCGCAGGAUUAGAGACAGCCAAGGCGAGGUGCAACAGCAUCUGCUGGAUAAGGUGUGGCCAAAAUUGCGAGUACUGGCCAGGUCGUCGCCCACCGACAAGUAUACCCUGGUAAAAGGCAUCAUCGACAGUAAAUCGAGUGAAAGCCGCGAGGUCGUGGCGGUUACCGGUGAUGGCACGAACGACGGUCCAGCCUUAAAGAAGGCCGACGUCGGCUUCGCCAUGGGCAUUGCCGGCACAGACGUUGCCAAAGAGGCGUCCGACAUCAUACUGACGGACGAUAACUUCUCAUCGAUCGUGAAGGCGGUCAUGUGGGGCAGAAACGUCUACGAUAGCAUCGCCAAGUUUCUGCAAUUUCAACUAACCGUCAACGUGGUUGCCGUGAUCGUCGCUUUCAUCGGUGCUUGUGCCGUGCAGGACUCGCCGCUCAAGGCAGUACAGAUGUUGUGGGUAAACCUAAUCAUGGACACGUUAGCGUCCCUCGCCUUGGCUACCGAAAUGCCUACGCCCGAUCUACUCCUCCGUAGACCGUACGGUCGCACAAAACCACUCAUUUCCAGGACAAUGAUGAAAAAUAUUCUCGGUCAGGCCUUGUAUCAGUUGAGCGUAAUUUUCACGCUUCUUUUCGCCGGUGACCUGAUGCUCGACAUCGACACGGGCCGCGGAGUGGCAGCGGCGGGAGGCGGACCCACGCAACACUUCACCGUCAUCUUUAACACGUUCGUCAUGAUGACUCUUUUCAACGAAUUCAACGCCAGGAAAAUUCACGGUCAGCGCAAUGUCUUCCAGGGAAUAUUCACCAACCCCAUCUUCUAUUCAAUUUGGAUCGGCACAUGUUUGUCGCAAGUGGUCAUCAUACAAUACGGUAAAAUGGCAUUCAGCACCAGAGCGCUCUCGUUAGACCAGUGGUUGUGGUGCCUGUUCUUCGGAAUCGGUACGCUAAUAUGGGGCCAAAUAGUUACGACUAUUCCUACACGCCGAAUUCCCAAAAUUCUUUCAUGGGGCCGCGGCCAGCCGGAUGAUAUCGGCGCGAUGAAUCUAGGAGACGAGAAUUUCGACCCAGACUCGGAUAAAAAGCCGCGCGCAGGACAAAUUCUAUGGAUCCGUGGUCUAACACGGCUACAGACACAGACGAGCAAUAGAACUCUGGUGCAGAAUGUAUCUGUGACAGGCAGAUCCCCUUCUCAGGAUUACUACAUGCCAGCGGAACCCAUUCGAGAGACUGAGGUAUAAGGGGGCGGCAGAUUCUUUUGCCCGCCGCCACACUUAUCCUGUCGGAGUACAAACAAGUACGUAGCUCAUGUAGAUGAUCGCCUGCCGUACAUAUAUAAUACGUUGUUACAAACAUCAGAACCCGCCAGUACGCGUGUUGUACCGCAUAUAUUAUAUAUAUUGUACCUUACUAUAUAUCGUCAUUCACGACGGAUCGUCGACGUGCGUAACACGUGCGCGUGCACGAUGGAAUGUCUCGCCGUCUCUUGGUCUCUCUUUCUCUCUCUCUCUUUCUCUCUAUCUCUCUCUCUCUCUAUUUCUCCCUCUAUCUGAAUUUUACCAUGAUUUCGUCGAGUUCAGAUUCUUAUGCCAUAAACGCGCAGAAAUAUGAUCUCUACGUCUAUCACACAUACACACACGAACAUAUACAAUGAAAAAUAUUUUAAUAUUAUAUAUAUUUAUAAUAUAAAGUAUUUUAAUUUUCUUUUUUUUUUGACCUAACCUAACGACGUAAAGAGGUAUUUUCUCUGCGCGUUUGUGACAUCAAAAGUUGAACCUUUCGAGACUCUAACUCUUUUACGAUCUCUACCUUGGAUCGCUCUUGAAUCGAUCCUUGUAAAGAUGGAGACUCUCUUACUUAACGAGGAUUUUGAUAAUGAUUAAAUGAUUACAAUGACGACGACGACGACGAGUAUCGUCGUGACGACGAUAUGUGGACGCUCUCUCGUUUUCCCGAGGAGUGUCUCGGUGCGAUGUCACGGCGGCGACGAUUCGAGAUAUGCACGGAUAUGAUUACAUUGAACGAAGUGUCACACUAAUGUGUUUUCUUUGUGUAGCGGGGGGGUGUGGGUUGCGGCCGGUGGACCCUCCCCCGUUUAUCGGGGACCGCGAUAUUGCCCGGCAGAUCCACCGGCCCACCCGCGCUUUCUGUUUCUCAGUAGUAUAGUGUCUGGGUGUGCUGUGUGUUUUUGCGUAUCCAUCAUCGUUGGCUCCCCCACCCCCUUCCUUCGUGUGUAAACCUCGACGCAAUUUGUUUGUGUCGGUUUUUUGCGGAACUUUUUUAAAGUGUCGUUCGCGUACACUUUUUCCUUCUAACCGACGUGCAUUUUUCUUUUUUUUUUUUUUUUCUUUUUAUAACGAUAGAGGUCGCUGACUUUCAUCAGCGCGAGUAUACGACACUAAGAAGUUUGGUUUUUCACCUCAAAACCAAUUAAAAUCCUCCGAAAAAACGCUUUCUCCGCCACUACCAGCAUCGAUCAAACUAUAUCCUUUUCCUUCGUGCUAGGGAUGGCUUGCGCGUCGAUUUUGACUUCCUUUUAGGUCAGAGAUCGAGGUUUGUAGGAACCCUCGAGGAUUGAGGUAACGUGUCAGUCAUAGAUCUCGAUGGUGUUGCUUUAUUAUGAUGAUGUAGGAGGAAGGGUUGCAAACUUGAAUGAAGUAGCAUUGCUGCAUCGUGCGCACUUCCUUCUUUCUCUUACGUAUCGGCGGUAUCCUUAAUCCUAAAUGCGUUGCUAUAGAUCCGAGAAUAGACGGAUUAUCAAAGACCGAAUCGUGUGAACGGGUCUCUUUGAGAAGAAAUCUCGUUUCGUGGAAGCUUCAAUUGAAUUCGCAUCCAUUGAUGAGAUCAGCUAUAGCCGCUAAACGCGCACAAAGAGUAGAUUAUAAUCUACUCUUUGUGCGCGUUUAUUUAUUUAUUCAUUCAUUAUUCGUUUACUCGGAAUUUUUAUUUAUCACGUGCAAAACUUUUUCUAAAAUAAUCGACGAAUGAAUUCAAGGAUCUUAUCGCAAUUUCUUACCUUUGAGUCUUCUAAUAUGUCUGCUUAAUUCUCACUCGGUCGCUCUCGAUUCAAUAAUACUCAACAUCUCGCAGUCGGUCGUCCGGAGCCUCUCUCGAACGACAGAGUCGGCGAGCGGACACCGACAGGGGACGAUCCUUUCGUGGCUAUGUUAAACAACUGUAUUGAAGUAAAUAGAUAAUAUUUUGGAAAAAUAUAGGAGAUAGUAUUUAAUUAGAAUUAUUUCUGUUUAACCACGAAAGGGAACAACCAUCGUCGUACCCGAUUUGAGCUCCUCUAUUCCCAUCUUUGUUAGUGCGUGUGUGUGCGUGCGUGUGUGUGUGCACGGUUGGCCAAUUUAUGCAUCGCCCUUAUUUUCUGUUUGCCCGAGGUCUAACACCGCCGUUGUUUCGUAUCGAGUGCCAAUUAGAGGAUCUAACACGUUAUACCAUGUGAUUUGUGUUGUGGAAAGAAAAAAAAAACAAUAAACGUAUCUCGUCGAUCGAGCAAAUGUCACGCGAGUGUUGGCAUGCAUUUUUCGUUAUUACUAUCGCGACCAUUGAUAAAGAAAACCUUUUACGCAUCUCUUCGAUAUCGGAAAAGUCAGAGCCAGAUCGAAACCUCCGAUUCGAUUCAAAAUUUAUCCUGAAAUUAUUUCUCUGAAAUGAUUUGCACUCCUUAUUUCGAUUUUGUUAUCUCUCCAAAUGGAAUCUUCGGUUUCUCAAGUAUUUCUUUCUGAUUUGGCCUUGACUGCAAUUUCUCUUUGAGAGCAUUCGAGAGUAUUAUAUUAAACGCGAACUCUCUAUCGCGAAAACGACGAGAGACUGUUUUAAAAUCUAUUCUGAAUCGUUUCUACAUAUAUCUAGCAACAGAACAUGUCUGAUCACAGCGUAUAAGACCUGUUACGUAUUUACAGUAGAGGAACGUUAAGUGUUGAGAAACCAAAACACGUUGUGUGCCAAAACUAACUACAUGCGUGAAACUAAUACUAUAGGAGGAUUAUAUUGUACUUAGGAGAAGCAACUGUGAUCCACCCUGUCUUUCUGUGUCACGAACGUGUAUCGUACCGUAUUUCCGUUUUAGUGCUCCUUUGCUUUACUAUUACUUGUACUACACCAACAUUACCAAUCACACUAUAUCUGUCUCUGUUUCUGAACUUCUGUCUUACCCCUUAUUAUACUCUCCAAGCCGUAGAGGAGCGGUUACAAGCGUGCGAAUGCUUCGGCAGACUCGCUCGCGAACGGUUCAGGACUGUUGCGGACCAUUCCUAAUUGGGUAACUAUUGCGUAUUCCGUUUGAACCCCCGCGAUUGGCAUUCCCGCAGUCGCGAAUCCCUGCUCGUUUUUCUUUGGCGUUGAAAAUAGAUUGCAGAGCAAUCACUAACGAGGGGUAGUUGAUCCAGCAUGUUCUGUAAAAAGUUCUUUUUGUCGAUUUAUUAAUUUUAUUAUAAAAAUUAUGUUAUUAAAAAACUAUUAGCAUUUUUUCGUUUCCUUUAAGGGAAUGAUAUGAAUUGACUUUAUCGACAUGAAUUGACUUUAAAUCUGGUUGAAGUAAUUUAUUAAAAAUUUAACUGAUAUUGACCGAUAUUGUUAAAAUCGAAUAUCGGAUUAAUAAAUCCCAUUCGCCAUUACUAAGUAUCUAGAUAGUUGCUAUGAUCUACUCCUCGUUUGCGAUUUCCCUCUCAAGCCAAUCUUAGAUAGGAAGAGAUGACGCUCGUUAUUAGCGUCCUUAACAUCUUUAUCCGAGAAUGAACGAAGGGAGGCUGUCUUGUCUGCGAGGACAUCCGCGCAUCGUCCACAUUCAAUCGUGUUGGUCCCCGAUCCGAUGAUCACUCCAUCACGAACCCCAAACGAAGCCGUGUAGGUAGGUACGCAUAAAAGUGAAGUAGAGAUUGUGCGCAUGUGAUACCGGUAAUCGAGUCUGUAUUUCUAGCUUGCAUUACACGAUAGCCGGUGAUACAGCGAGAUCGUUGGAGGAAAUCGAAAGAAAUCACAAAGUGUCUUAUAUAUAUCCCCCCGUACAUUAAAUCGAUCCGGUUCUAUUUAGCUCACGAAUUCGGGUGAAAUGCAACCAAGUCGACAAGCGAAGAUACUCACGUCACAGACGUACAAAAA